AAGAAGGAAAAGAACGUGAGAAGCAGAGAGGGAAGAAAGAUGAAGAGCGGGAAGGGGCAUGGAGAAGAAGAGAGGAGACGCUCUAAAGAUCUGAUGCUCUCAGAUGCCUGACACACACCUUCAGCUGAUAGCUGUGCAGUUUUCCUCGUGGCUCUUAAAUGUUUCAGCAAGUGUGAUGUUAAGGACAAGCGGUACCAUCUCCACCCAUCGAAUUCCUCUCCUCUACGCUUCCUGCACAUUUACAUGCAAAGUCCAGGCUGGCAUGUAUUGCGGACGGUUGAUGUGAGAACGGUCACUAGAAGAAGAGUAUGGCUCAAGAAACCAACCAUAGCCAAGUGCCUAUGCUUUGUUCUACUGGGUGUGGAUUUUACGGAAACCCUCGUACAAAUGGCAUGUGUUCGGUAUGCUAUAAAGAACAUCUUCAACGGCAGAAUGGUAGUAAUGGUAGAAUUAGCCCACCAGCAACUUCUGUUAGUAGCCUAACUGAGUCUUUACCAGUUCAAUGCACUGAAGGCAGCAUCCAGGAAACUUCAUCAACACUAGAUUCUACACCUGUACCACCUAUGCAGCCAAGCCCUGUGUCAAGCCCAUCAUCACUCUUAGCAGAAUCUGUAGCAACAUGUGAAGUGGAAAGUUCAGACAUAGUGGACAAGGCAGGACCUGAAAGAGAAGAUGUCCAAGAACCAACAUCAGUGGACCUUGCCGAAACAAUUUCAAUAGACAGUACCGGAGAGGAAUUGUCGAUGGAUAACUCAGAUUUACCUGACACUACCAGGGGCUCAGAAACAGAGUGUGAUUAUGAUGCAAGCAUAGAAACUAAUAUAGAUGAUCCCGAUUUCCCGGAUGAGAACUCGAGAGUGAAAACGAAGAGGCGCGAUACAGAUUUAACACUAAACACAGUAGCUUCAGCAUCAGAUAGCGCAGAGCCAUCCUCUGAAGAACAAGAGAAAUCACUCGACAAACCAAAACAGAAAAAAACUCGCUGCUUCAUGUGCCGGAAGAAGGUUGGGCUUACCGGAUUUGAAUGCAGAUGCGGCCAUGUUUACUGCGGCGUCCACCGCUACUCAGACGUCCACAGUUGCUCUUACAAUUACAAAGCGGACGCAGCCGAGAAGAUCAGAAAAGAGAAUCCUGUAGUCGUCGGGGAAAAGAUCCAGAAGAUUUGAACUGCUACACUCUAGCUGGAAUAUUAAACAAAAAAACAAAAAAACAAAAAAAAAUUAUGACCAUCUGCAGAUGAAAUUGACUUGAGCUUCUUCCCCUCGCCCACCCCCUUCCCAUUCUUCCUCCCCUCCUGCUUUAGUCAUGCCGAAUCAUGCAUGUCAUCCGAAAGCAUAGCCCCCCUCUCCCUUUUAGAACCUGACUAAACUUUAUUGCAAUGCCCCCACCACCAACACAACAGCUGAAGAGUUAAGCAACCUUUACACUUGUGAGAUUCACUAUAGGAGUCCCUGUGGGGCCCCCUGAAUAAAUAGAUGGCUAUUCAAGUAUUAUCCUUUGGAAAUAAUUUUUAAUUUUAGUCGAGUGCAGAGGGCUUUUUAUAAUACCGACACAGAGAUAUAUCGGAAGGCAGCAGCGCUUUUGUUUGUAUUUCCUCUCUCUUCUGUUGUUGUACUCAAACAUGCAUGCAUUAACCUGGCCGUUUUUGUUUUUCGGGGAAUUUUCCUCUUUUGUUUGUAUAUAGCUUUCCUUUCCUUUUCUCUGCAGCACGAUUUCCCUCCCCCCCCCUCCAUAACGCCUCGUACGGCACAACUAGCGAUCAGUAACUGAAUGUAUUUUAAUCAUUGCGGCUGCUUGGGUUUUUGUUUUAGUUUUGUUUUCCGUUCUCCUCCCCCAUUAACAAAGGUUUAUACAUACGUUAGCAUAAUAGCUUGUUUGCACCCCCACUACCUAUUUAUGUAUGAAUCAUGUGUAAUGCGUGAGUCUGAGCGUGUGUGUGUGUGAGAGAGAGAGAGAGAGAGAGAAAGAGAGAGAGAGAAUUCUGAGAUUUGUGUGUGGGAUUUUUGUUUUUCCUUUACAGAGAUAACUUCUAGGAUAUUUCUUCCCACACCCUUCUCCCCUGUGUGUGUGUGUGUGUGUGUGUGUUCUGGGACGGGGGGAGGGCGGGGGGUUGUCUGCACUUCCUUGCCGACUGCAGGUUUUCUUGGGGUUUAUGUUAUUGGGUCCUUUAUGUACACCAAUAUGAAGAAUGAUGAAGUUUUAACUGUAUUGUAUUUAUGUUCAUCCACGUCUUUAACUUUGAUUAAAAUAAAAUUUUAAAAAAUUGGGAUUUGGA